AUGGACUUCGCAAUUACGGAUCGAACAUCGUCUUCAGAUCCUUCCAGCUCCCAAGGAUACAGUCAAAACACUGCUCAUCCACUGAUCUCCAGAAUUGACAAAUCGAAAAGACUAAAUAGACUCAGGAGCUCAAACACAGACUUAGACUUUGCGGGAUCAGAAGCCAAUUUGACUUUACUUGAACAUCGACAGAACCCUCGUAAGAUGCGAUACGCUCCGAACGCAACACACACAAGUAUGAUGAGCGCGGACCAACAACAAACUGACCAACCUGGUGGGACUGGUGAGACAUCUCAAAAUCCCACCGAAGAGAAUGUACAAGCACAGGUCAAUGAUGGUCAUGAGAGCGAUGAGAAGAUGGGUCAUUCAACUUCGAACGAAUCCCUCUCUAGGUGGAGUAUGAAAACUAGAUAUCACGGAGAUGGAGCUGAUGUCGAAUCCGACAAUACUAACAUCGUCGAUGACACAGGUACAGCUUCGUCACAACACCAAUCGAUUACUGAUCGUGAUCGUGAUCGUGAACGUGAACGACAACGACGCGAACUCCCUACAGAUCGUAACGAUGAGUUGAAAAUAUGGGCUAUGAGGACAAUGACUGAGGGUAUUCGGGAAAAUCAUGGACUUGAUGCUUGUCCGGAAGAUUGUAUCUAUAACAAUGGGAAGGGGUUCGAUGUAGUUCAUGAAUUGUGA